AUGGCAGAAUCAUUGAAAGGAUCGUUAUGCUGGCCAUGCUGGGCUCCAUCGGAAUGACCAUGAUCAUUCUGGCGUGCGCCCUUCCGACGUACAAAGUCUGGUGGCCGUUCUUUGUGGUGCUGUUCUAUCUGAUCUGUCCCAUUCCGACGCUGAUCGCCAAGCGCAACUCGGGCGACGACGAAGAGUCGCGGAUCACCAACUCGAUGUUCGCCACCAUCGGAAUCGUCAUCAGCAGCUUCGCGCUUCCGAUCGUGCUGGCCCGGGCGCUGGUGAUCCACUGGGGCGCCUGCUACCUGACGCUGGCCGGCAACGUCAUCGCCUACAUCACGAUCGUCGGAUACUUUUUCGGCUACGAGUCCGGUGAAUCGUGGUAGAUCGGGGGAGCGGGAUGAAAUAAACUUCUGUAAACAGUAAAUUCCACAUUAAACUGCAUUAUUGCGCCGAUGUAGUCGUUCGAAUAACCCGAGCUCUUCUCAUUUUGUUUUGCUAUUUUUUUUUCUUCGGGAAGUGAAGAAGUUCACAGUGUCAAAUGUGUUUAUUUGAUCAAUCUAUGUUAUUUUUAUUUACAUUUUUUUUUGUUUUCUCUGUAAAAGGGAAAUUACUAGUUUGGUAAAACAUAUGCUCGAAACAAUGAAACUUAACAGUACUGGAAAUAUCUUGAUCAUAAUGUAACAAAUUAAAUAAAGUGUGAUUAUUUUACUCCUUACCAUUAGGACAAAAAACAA